AUGUUCCAGUCGAGCGAAAUUAUUGCAAUCUUUCGCGAAUAUGAUCACAGACGAACCUCAUCUUCGCCAAAGGUUUGUGCCGCUGUCAACAUUCCAUCACUUAUGUUAGAGCCGCCAGAUUCGGUUACAAUUGGCGCCUUACUUCUUAUGGCCUUAUUUCUUUCGUCUACGUCAAGGUUGUCAACAUCAGCCAUGGUACUAGGCGUUGCCUCUCAAAUGAUGUUUCUCGCCGGGUUCCACAAAAUAUCCACCACCUUGGCCGAAAGAGCAACCCACAAUCAUCGUCUGCUCUCGCAUGCUUAUAUACUUGACCAGAACCUCUCCUUAUGGCUCGGGAAGCCACCGCUGUUGUCUUCAGACAUCGUGCGAGAUGUUCCAAAGCAAGAACAAUAUGAUGGCUAUGGAAGUAUUUAUCUCCAAGACGGCACAUCGUUUAAUUGCCUCAAAGAACAGCUUCUUUUGGCUAAGAUUCAAAGUAAAGCAUACGAGAAGUUGCGCUCACCUGCCUCCUCGUCAAUGUCACAAGAGUCACACGCUGAAAUCAGCCAUCAGCUUCUAAAUGAGUUGAAUUUGUGGAGACAUACUCUGCCGGCACUCACCAGGCCACUUUUGAUACCGAAAGACCUCGACAAGAAGCAUGUGCCAUGGCUGUCUACCAUCUUCUGCACUUUUCACCAGGUUGAAAAUUGCAUUCGCUCAUCAAUCUUCUCACAUGUUGCGUUCUUUGACAACGUAGCCUUUCGUAAUCAGACACCGCUCGUUGUCUCAAGUUGCGCUUCCGCGACUAGAGAGUUGGUAGCAGUCUUGAAUGCUCUUGACAGGAGUGAUCUACAGAGAUCGUAA